UUGCUCCACAUCAGUCAGUAGUAGUACUCGCGCUUCCGUUGAUCGCACAGCACCGUAGCAGCUUGAUACGGCACAUACUGCAGUCACCCAUAGCCUCUCAGAGGUACCUCUAUCUACAUAUCGACAGCGACGACGGUUGACGCUCGGUCGCGGUACCUAAUAAGAGGAAGUGACUGCUGCAGCUUUCAGUUUGUACUUAGCUGCCGAAAAGACUGGACGGAUUGGUGGUUCGUUCCAUAUCAUUGUCCAAAAGUGCAUUCACUUGCAUUGGCCUUUGGAGAACCACGCAGCAACAAAGAAGCAUCACAACUAAGCAUCCCACGAGUUACCAAAAACGAAAAAGAAUAGUCUGCUUUUUUAUACCUGAUUAGUGAAUAGGAAGAUUUUUUAGUGUCUGUUGACGAUCCCUAUAUCCAGGAACAAUGUCUUCCUGGCGGAGAAGUGUGAUAAUAGCUAUUCUUUUUGAAUGUUAACCUCGGAGUCAGUGCAAUCGCUACCAAUAUUUCCCUCCGUGCAAGAGUGCUGGUAGUGUGGUUGGCCUAUAGCGACACAAGACUAACACAUCCAGACGAAGAAGAGUGAACGUUUUUCUGAGAAUAUAACACACAAAUUCGAAGCACUGUUGCUAGGCGAAAAACCGGAUUGCACGCGGUCGUUGAAGCGGCCAUCAAACAGCUGUUCCGAGAGAGAGUACAUAUAUGAAGCGCGAAGUGUGGCUUGAGGCAGGCCCACAUAAGAAAAGUUCGAAUCUGAGUAAAGGAGAAAAAAGGAAGCGAGUGUAGACGACGUACGAAGUCAAACCGAGAAGAAGGUCUCCGUUACGAAAAGUGAAGCCAAGUGCAUUAGUCCUUGAAAGGGGUAUAUAACAUAAUUGGAAGAGGCCACGUGCGAAUCGUAUAUUGAGUAAUUUGGAGGAAAUUGGUGUGUGCGUUUAGUUUCAAAAAAAGAAGAAAAAAUCUUAUUGUGAUAUUAGCGUGUAUUGGUGCUCUCUUGCCACCCUUUCCUGAACUGACCGUCGAGCCUCCACUCGACCAGCUGUGGAGAGCAUUACUGAACCGAAGGGCGGUUAAACGUUAUCUUGCGAAACAGUUCCACACGUGUUUGGGGAGUUGACCCAUUUUUUCGUCACCUCGAUCGGUGUAUAUUGCAAGUCUGUUUCGUGCGGACCGUGCAAUAUCCCACUCCCGAAGGAGAUAAGGCCUCAAAAUUGAUCCCAACAUGGCACUGGAACAGAACAGUGCUGCCGUCCACGUCACUGGGGACGUCCUGGAGGACUUUGUGCUCAUCUUCCGAGAGCUACUAUCGAAGUAUUUGGACAUUGGCGAAGAUCUGAACGUACCUGAUGACUUCACGCAGAGCGAGAUGCAGAGUGGCAUGUGGUGGCGCCAUCUGGCUGCCGGCGGUUUCGCUGGAGCCGUGUCCCGGACCUGUACGGCGCCCCUCGAUCGGCUCAAGGUGUUCCUGCAGGUGCAAUCAACCAAACAGCGAAUCUCAGACUGUCUGCAGUACAUGCUGAAGGAGGGCGGCGUGCAGAGCCUCUGGCGGGGUAACUUCAUCAACGUGCUCAAGAUCGCGCCCGAAUCGGCGAUCAAGUUUGCCGCCUACGAACAGGUCAAGCGGCUCAUCCGAGGCAACGACAAGCGGCAGCUCUCGAUCUACGAACGGUUCGUGGCGGGAGCGUGCGCCGGCGGAGUGUCCCAGACCGCCAUCUACCCACUAGAAGUAUUAAAAACCCGACUAGCGUUAAGGAAAACCGGACAAUACAGCAGUAUACUGGACGCAGCGACCAAGAUCUACCGCCGCGAGGGUCUUCGCUCGUUCUACCGCGGCUACAUUCCAAACAUGCUCGGCAUCAUACCGUACGCCGGUAUCGACCUGGCGGUGUACGAAACGCUGAAGAAGAAGUACCUCAGCCACCACGAGACGGAACAGCCGAGUUUCUGGCUGCUGCUGGCGUGCGGUAGCGCCUCCAGCACGCUCGGGCAGGUGUGCUCGUACCCGUUGGCCCUGGUGCGGACCCGGUUACAGGCUCAAGCCGUGACGAUCGGUUCGCAGAACCCAGCCGACGGGAUCGCCGCCGUCGAGCCGAACAUGACGAACGUAUUCAAGCGGAUACUGCAAACGGAGGGUCCCCUGGGGCUGUACCGGGGCAUCACGCCCAACUUCAUCAAGGUGCUGCCGGCCGUGUCGAUCAGCUACGUGGUGUACGAGUACUCGAGCCGCGCCCUCGGCGUGAACAUGACGUGAUUUGGUGCGCCCGAAGCAACCCAAACCAACGCGAUCAGCAUCAGCGUCCCGAAUGCUAUCGUUGAGCAGCUGUCGCUAACGCUGCUUCCGCCGACGCCGCCUCUGUCGGCAUCAGUGGUGGCAGCACUUCUAAAACUGCUACUUUCACUACAACAGCCAUUGUUGCUAAUGUUACUAGCCGCUGUCGUCGCCGCCGUCUCGCUGCAUCAUCACCAUCUCGUCAAUCGUCAUCCCGGACAUCGAUCAAACCGUGGUCUCGACGAGGCCCAGUUCGAUUCCUUCAGCUAUUUAUUAACCGAAUCAAAGUUUUCCGAACAUUUGCGCUUUCGAACAGAAAACGGAACAAUGAGCAGAGGACACAGCUUUAUUCAAUUUCCUACUCCCCCGAUCAUUUUGAUUUAUUAACCCCUUUUUACUCUUAGGUGUACAUAAUGCAAUUUAACUUAUUUCAACGCUGAUUCAAUUCUUUCGUUUAUUCAUAAGUAGUAGCAACAAAUUGAAAGCCAAGUUCUCCAAAAUGUAAUACUUUUAGUAAAAGCAAUCUAUAAUUUCCAUUUUUUUAUUAUGUUACAUAACGACAAAACCGAGAAAAACCUUCUAACGAUUCCAGUUUCGAUUGAAGCAACGGAUGCUCGAAAAAAUCGACAUCCAAUCGUCGUCUCUCUAAAUGUGGUAAUCUUAGCGGGUCUUGACGUUCUGGAAAGGUCAUUAAACUACUAGACAGAGGAUAAAAAAACGCAAGAAUAAAGUGCAAACAAUGAUCCAAUACGAUUUAGCUAUUUAUUUUCCCGGAAGGGCAACCGCAUCGUUACUCACAUAUAUUUAUAUUAAAGUAGCAAAUUUUUUAGUUUCCUUUUUUACGCCUACCCUCCGCAUCCUAUUAAACUUAAAUAGAGAAACACUCACACGGAACAAUGUGAAACCGUCCAAUCCCGCCAAACCGUGCGAUCAAAUGGAUUCGGAUGGAGAUAAGAAGCCGAUCGAGUCGGUUGAUUGGUUCCCCGUCGUCUUGCAGGUCACUCCGCGGCAGGUUCGCAAGGAGCAAGCGAGACAACGGGACGGCCACCGGUCUUCGGGCUUCUCAACCCGUAGCGCAUUUGAUUGAUCCAAAGCGCUCUAAUGCUCCAACUGUAGUUUAAAAACUGUAAGCUAAAGUUCGUUUGGAAUGAAAACAAUUCAAAAAUCGUGUUUGCUUGUGCGCUUUUUCUUAUUACUUUUAGUUAGGUGACUUUUUCAAAAAAAAUAUAUAUUAUAAAACAGAGGAAUUUCGAGGAAUUCUCUCGCAACAUAAAAGUCAGUGAUGGUGUGAAAUCCCGGGCAAAAGAGAACAGAGGUGUGCGCGUUGUGCUUAUGUAUUAGAAAACAAAUAUAAUUAAAAGAAACAAAUCGAAGUAAAUUGAUAACAAUGAUGUGAGACUGAUGGACGUUGCGUGAAGCCGUUUAGGAAUGUGGAAAAUGGAGCAGGAACAAUGGCAGCACCACCUCGAACAAGUGGUGCUGCGUCAGAAUCUGAAUACGGAAGAAGUGUGCGAAUGAGCGAUCAGUGAGACAGAUAGAGAGAGAGAGAGAGAAAUUUAAACGUGCAAAAUUAUGCAACCACAAUUCCUCCCGUGAAACGAUUCGUUAUCUAGACCUUUUAAGAUGUUAUAGGAAUUAAAAUCGCAAUCGUGCAAAACUUAACUAAUUCAAAUCGAAGAUGAACUCUUUUUCAAAAAGUGAUUCCGUAUUUUCCCGUGUUUACUCUUUACCUUAUGAAAACAAAAUGUCGACUAUUGCAAACAGUUAGUGCGAAAAAAAGUAAAUAACCAAUUGCUAAAAAAAAUCAAUAGGCGAAAAAAAUGCGAGAAGUCAGUUUUGAAUAGGAUGGAUUCUGUGAAGGCACAAAGAAGGUUGAUAAACACCGAAGGAGACAGUUCAGUCAGUGAAUAGGACAAACAAAUGCUAUUUAAUCUGAAAUGAAACGAAACAAUAUUCAAAUGAUAUACUAAUUGCCGCAAAUCGAAAAUACAAGAAACAGACAGAAAAAACUCAAUUGAUGAAAUAUAAGUGAUUAUUCUUCAAAUAUCAA